CCGAAAUAGUCCCCUAGCAGAAGGCCGACAAGGUACCCUGAUUCAGACCUCCGCGACCUCCACUUGCUGAGUCGAAAUCUGUCUUAGACUUGAGCCACCAAUUCUUCCCCCAGCAGUCAAAAACACUGGCAACCAUGGGGCGAGGCCGCCGUCCUAAGUUUUCUUUUCCCAUCCCGGGGCGGAAAACCGCCGUCAAAAAAGACAUUGACGACGUGAGCUCCAUCCCCUCUAUUCCCUCUGUCCCCGAAUGGUCUCCCCAUCUUAACGACUCUCCCUCCUACUCCAAAGCACAACGCCUGCUCGGAACUUCUGGCCUGCCAAUUCGUCCAUCCUCGAGGUCACAAGCAUCGGUCCCACAGAGCCCUGGCUUCAUGACUAUUACCGUCUCGGAGGCCAGCUUUGGCUCGGAUUACACGGAUAAGGCAUCCUCGGUCGCUAUGGAGGAUGGUGAAUACUAUCGCGCACAACGACCAGGCAUGUCAACUCGACCGUCUUCGAAUUUGUUGGGAGCCGGGUAUCAUGGAGAUGGUCGACGUGAAUCGAAUGGUAGCUCCCUCAGUCGACAAUUACACCCUCGGACAUCGAAUUCCACCAUGCGAUCCUACUACGACGCUCAAAAAUCACCACCCUCGAUCUCCCAACAAACCUCCGCAUCUGCAGUGCGCGACAUGGCUCUUCGGAAAGGACGUCCACCCGUCGCAGCUUCUGAAUGCAGUAGUCACGUGAACUUGGACUUAUCCCACCUGUAUCCAGGAUCGGCGGACAUCAAGAGACAGAACCGGAAAAGCAAGCCGCCACGAUUGGAUCUUUCCAGACUAUUCCCAAAGCCAAGGUCCAACACUGGACAUGAGCGCACCGGCAUUCUUCUAUCUCCAAACAAAUUGGUAAAUUCUCCGACCGCAAUGUCAACCGUUUCAGAAUAUUUCCCCCGCCCGAUGACCCGCGAACCCACACCUACCCCUAACACCGCCAGGCCACAGGCUAAGUUGACCAAAACCGCAAAGCAGCAGCAGGGUACCCUUGUUCAGCCCCAGCCCUCCACUUCCCCAGUCAGGCUACACAAGCGUGAUGUCUACGACAGUGCCAAGAUCAAUGUCCGAAGGCCUCCGCGUGGAAUCCAGCACUGGUUUGAGGGUCUCAGUGAAAGUAGUGAUGAGGAUGUCAAUGAGCCAGAAGCUCCUGUCCGUGCUCCAAUUCCCGUUGUCACACGACGGCCAUAUCUAGCUCCCAUUAGGAAGAGUUCCUUGGGCCGAGUGAUUCCAGACUUCGAAACUCCCCCUUCGCAGGCUUCGUUUCCUCCGCAGAGGGUUAAGAAAGAGUUUUUGGCACACUCCAAUCAGUCAGUCGGGGUUGCACACCACCUCAAUUCGCCAAGCCAGUUCUCACUCCAUAGUCACGCAUCCACAAAGACUAAAGAAUCUGCCUUCUCAAAAACAAAUUUGCAGGAUUCGAGUGUCCUGUCUUUCUCGUCGUCAGAGGAUGAGGGUGAAAAUGUUGCACCACCGAGACGAAAGUUCGAGAUUCGAGAUAGCAUCGAUGAUCAUGAAGGAGAUAUCAUCAUCGGUAAAGCCCAAGCGUUCGAAAUGCGUCCACGGCAUCUAGGAAGGGCACCAUCGGAAUCGAAAAUGAGCAUGUUGUCGACAUCUACAAACGCUGCAACAAUCGAGGUUAUGUAUACACCGGAGCCGUCUUCGACACAUUUCACCCUCCCAAAGGGGUAUAGCAGCAGGAGGUCCAGUCACGUCCGGCAUCCAUCUGUAAUACACGAAGAUAGAGAUCAGCUCCGCCCUCAAACAUCUGGGAAUGCUCCAAUGUCGCCAUCAUCCACUAGCGUUCGCAGUUCAAGGACUUCCCGGAGCGAACCCAGGUUACGCGCAGAGCAACAUAAGCUUAUGGCAGUCACCGAAGAAGAGGAAGCUCUUCUAGAAAUGAUGCGUCGGAAGCGAGCGGCAAUGGCCCAGCAGAGCUUCACGGAGGGAUUUAGGACAGCAAUUAACCAGGAUACCCGGCAGAAGACACCGCCUAAGACAAGCGCCCCCCGAACAUCAGCCUUUCUGUCACUUGACAGUCCUCUGGCUGCCCCUACACAGGCGAAGAGUUCUUCGCCACGAAUAUCCCUUGCGGGGUCUUUAUCGCCGCUUCUGCUGUCGCCUCCCAGCCGAGGUCGCCAGCGCAAGUUAGCUCAAGAUUUAGACACAAGCAUCCUCCGAGACAGUUCCUCUCGUGAAUCCAGUACCGCAGAGUCUGUUCAUCCCGCCUCUCGAUUCAGCACCCGUCACGCCUACCAGGUUUCACCGGCCCUCGAGCUCUCGCCACUGUCACCACUCGAUCCAUUCCCUUCACCAACCCCCACUAUUGCAUCUCCAACCACCACUGAUCAUGCAUCACCCUUACCUUCCCCCGUCACCCCAGGCCUUCGCCAUUGUGAUGAGGAUGUUGAUGAGGUAGCUAUCACUUUAGACGGCGUCAUCGAACCUCCGAGUGGUAGUAUCAAGACUAAUACGCGGCGCCGCACGGCGAGCAGUGGCGCAGAUGUUUCCUUCACUCAACACAGACAGUCACCCGCACCUCUGAAGUCAACGCCGUCGGAGCUUUACGACCUCCCACCAGUCUCAGAGAGUUCCUCUGCGGCUCCAAGUAUUGUCGAGCCCAAGAUUCCAAGGAAGUCUUCUCGCCGCAUAAGCAAUGUGGCUGGUUCCACAAGAAGUCAGCACAGCAGCAUUGCAAGUCGGACUUCCAGCCCUGCCCUGGGGUCCCAGAGCCGUCGACGUGAGAGCGUUACAACUGGCCCGGUAAGCACUCGAUGUAGCGUCAGUGAAGAUGUGCUUGCAGCUUGGGGCAGCUUGGGCGGAUGGAGAGGCUACGAUACUGGUCGUAUUGGUGGGUUGUAGAAUGUCGCAGCAAUCUUUUCGCAUUUUUUUUUAUCAUCUGGGGUUUUGACAUUCUUGGGUUAGAGUCCGAGGCUAGGUAUUUGGAUUUGGGUCGGGCAGGUUUUCCUGGAAUG